AUGGCAAUCAAGAUCAUUCUCCUCCUCCUUUUACCUCUUGCCGCCAUUAUUGUUCCUGCAACAGCCGCCAUCAUGCCGGCGGCGAUGAGUAAGUCAGCCGCCGCCGCCGCUGCCGGCGGUGAUAUGCACAAGAUGUUCUUCCGCCACCGCGUCUUUCCUCCCUAUCUUGGCGGACGGCCGGGUCUCACCCCUGGGGGCGGUCUGGGUGGAGGGUCGGGAUCGUCAUCUGGUGGUGACGCCGGAGCUGGCAGUGGGGGGCCGGGUGGCGCCGGAAAGUUCUCCCGUGGCAUCCGAGCCGCCGGUGUAGCGUCGGCGGGCGAUGUGAAACUGGGCGCCGCUUUCCCGGCGAUGCCUUGA